AUGCUGGGCCUCAAUGGCACCCCCUUUCAACCAGACAUGCUCCAGCUGACAGGCAUUCCUGGAGUGCAGACAGGCCAAGCCUGGGUCGCCCUGAUUUUCUGCAUCCUCUACCUGAUAUCUAUCAUAGGCAACCUCAGCAUCCUUGCUUUGGUGAUUCAGGAGUCUGCUCUGCACCAGCCCAUGUACUACUUCCUCUCCAUGCUCUCUCUCAAUGAUCUGGGAGUGUCCCUCUCCACACUUCCCCCUGUACUUGCAACUUUCUGCUUCAACUACCGUCAUGUUGGUUUUGAUGCCUGCCUGGUACAGAUGUUCUUCAUCCACACUUUCUCUUUCAUGGAAUCAGGCAUAUUGCUGGCCAUGAGCUUUGAUCGUUUUGUGGCUAUUUGUGACCCACUACGUUAUGCUACUGUGCUCACCAACAGCCGCAUCUUAGCUAUGGGACUGGGUAUCCUUACCAAGAGUUUCACCACUCUCUUCCCUUUCCCGUUUCUUGUGAAACGGCUUCCCUUCUGCAAGGGCAAUGUUCUGCAUCAUUCGUAUUGCCUCCACCCAGAUCUCAUGAAAGUGGCAUGUGGAGACAUCCAUGUCAACAACAUUUAUGGGCUCUUUGUGGUCAUUUUCACCUAUGGUGUGGAUUCAACUUUCAUCCUACUUUCCUAUGCAUUGAUCCUGAGAGCCGUGCUGGCCAUUGCAUCCCAGGAGCAGAGACUCAAGGCACUCAACACCUGCAUGUCACAUAUCUGUGCAGUGCUAGCCUUUUAUGUGCCCAUAAUUGCUGUUUCCAUGAUCCACCGCUUCUGGAAAAGUGCCCCACCUGUUGUUCAUGUCAUGAUGUCCAAUGUCUACCUAUUUGUACCCCCUAUGCUCAAUCCCAUCAUCUACAGUGUGAAGACGAAGGAGAUCCGCAGAGGGAUUCUUAGGGUCUUUCAUAAAUCUCAGGACUGA